AAAUUAUAAUGAUAAUUUAUCCUACACCAGAAACAAUUUUUUUUAGAGACAAAAAUAAUACUCACCCUUCUAAUAUCUCUCUAUAUUAUUGACUUAAUAAUUUAACUCAUCCAAAAUUCCAAAACUGGUCAACUCAACAACAUACUACGCUACGCGCCCCCAUCCCAUCCUCUCUCUCUAAACAGUUGGGUCAACCAAACAGCUUUAAUUAAUUUACUGGGUCCCACCCUUGUCUUUGUACUUUCUCUCUCUUCUUCACCAAUCUUUAUAAGCCAUCUUAAUCUUCGAAUAGAAAGAAAAAAGAAAGAAAAAACUUCUCUCAUUGAAUUUACAUUAUCUUCAAACAUAUAUACAUGCAAUGCAGUCACCGGUAUCAGCUGCCAUGGACGAAGAAUCAGCUCUGUUUUUCCCAUCAGAAUCAGAUCUCGACUUCAGUUUCACCAGCUUUACCACUGCUACGUCAUCCUCAACCACAGCUCGCACCAGCUUGGCUCGCAGCAGCCUCACCCUCAGCUUCAACGAUCGCCUUUCCACCACUCAAGAGAGCACAAAUACGACGCCGCUUUGUUCCCGUCCCCACCGUGCCAGGGACCCACACUGGUCCGCCAUUAAGACCGCUCUCAACCUCUCCUCCGAUGGCGCUCUUCACCUCCGCCAACUCAAGCUCCUUCGUCAUCUCGGCACAGGAAAUCUUGGAAGAGUCUUUCUCUGCCGUCUCAGGGAUUCCGAUCAAGUUAAUAACAGCUGUUACGCACUCAAGGUCGUUGAUAAGGAUUCUCUGAGUCCCAAGAAACUCUCUCACGUGCAAACCGAGGCUGACAUCCUAUCCUUGCUCGACCACCCUUUUCUACCUACGCUUUACGCGCACAUUGAGGUCUCCCACUACACGUGUCUUCUAAUUGACUACUGCUCCGGCGGUGACCUCCACUCGCUCCUGAGAAAACAGCCUGGUAAUCGUUUAUCGGUUAAAGCGGUUAAGUUCUUCGCAGCCGAAGUCUUGGUGGCUCUAGAGUACUUGCACGCGCUGGGAAUCGUGUACCGGGAUCUGAAACCGGAGAACAUUCUGUUAAGAGACGACGGCCAUAUCAUGCUGUCCGACUUCGAUUUGUGCUUCAAGGCUGACGUGGUCCCCACUCUAAUCGAAACGCGCACCACCCGACGCGUGGCUUCCACGUCCGGGACUCAGUGCAGUUGCUUCGGCUGGGAAAAUCUUAGCAGCAGUAGUAAUAGUGAUGGGGUAGAAUCGGAGGGUGAGGAGACGGUGACGGAGUUUGUUGCUGAGCCAACGGCGGCGUUUUCUAAAUCAUGCGUUGGGACCCACGAGUACCUCGCUCCAGAAUUAGUAUCGGGAAUGGGACACGGAAACGGAGUGGAUUGGUGGGCCUUCGGGGUGUUGUUGUAUGAGCUUAUGUACGGAACGACACCGUUUAAAGGAGGGAGUAAGGAGAGCACACUGCGCAAUAUAGCGUCCAGUAGGCAGGUGAGGUUUCCGGAUUUUGAGGAAGAAGGAAUGAAUGAGGCGAGGGAAUUGAUUCAGAAGCUGUUGGUGAAGGACCCGCGUAGGAGGCUAGGGUGCGCCAGGGGGGCCACGGACAUUAAACGACACCCGUUUUUCGAUGGGGUAAAGUGGGCUUUGAUUAGAAACUACAAACCCCCCGCGGAGGUGAGAGUCUUGGAGAAGAAGACGAAAUCGAAGACGCACGUGAGUCACGUGACGAGGGGAUCACUGUCACACUCUCAUCCCCAUAGGAGACGCCGAUUCUCUAGGUGGUGGAAGGGACUCGGUUUCAACAAGAAGAAGAAAAUCGGUGGUUUGUUAUAGCUGUAAAUUUAUUUAUUUAUUUAUUUUAAAAAAAGGAUAAUGAAAAUAAUUUUCAAGAGUUUUCACAGAGGCACAUUAUUAUAUUAUUAUUAUUAUAAUUAUGAUGAUGGACAGUUUAAACUGAAAAAGAAAAAAAAAAGUUGGGCAGAAAAAAUAUAUUAGGAGACGGCAUAUUUAAGAUGUGUUCGUUGUAAUUUUGGAGACAUUAAUUAAUUAUUGGAGAGUUCUUACA